AUGGCCUCUCAAGCUUCUCCACGCAAGCUCUGGGAGCACCCAGACCCAGAGUCCACCCAGAUGGGACAAUUCCGCCGCGCUCUGGAGAAGCACACUGGACAACACUUCCAGACAUACCAUGACCUCUACAACUUUUCCAUUACCCAGCGAACCACCUUCUGGGACUUCUGCUGGAAAUGCUCCCAUCUCAUUCACGAGGGGACCUACACCUCCGUUGUCAAUGAAUCCGCCCGGAUGGAUAGCAUUCCUCAUUGGUUUUUGGGGAUCCGGCUGAACUUUGCGGAGAACCUACUUUUCUCUGCGUCCGGGCAUGGUAGAUCCACUAUAGGGAAGGAAGACGAGAAGAUCGCCAUUGUUGAGGUCCGCGAGGGCGCGGCCGGCGUGCCUCUUACGUGGAAAGAACUCCGCAGUCGAACGGGCCGGUUAAUACAUGCAAUGAAAGCACAUGGGGUCAAGAAGGGCGAUCGCAUCGCGAUCUGUGCCAGUAACAGCAUCGACACGCUGCUAGUAUUCUUGUCUACCACUGCCCUCGGUGCAAUUUUCUCCUCCAGCUCAACGGACAUGGGCGUGAAGGGGAUCUUGGACCGACUGUUACAGAUUCGCCCUCGCCUGUUGUUUAUGGAUGACCAGGCCGUGUACAAUGGUAAGACAAUCGACCUGCGAUCAAAGAUGGCGGCGGUUGUCAAGGGCAUGCAGUCCGUGGGUGAGUUUCAGGGAAUUGUCGCCCAGUCACGAUUUGCUUCUCGACCAUUAAAUGUGAACCAUGUGCCGAAGGCGCAGCCCAUCGCGGCGUUUUUAGCUAAAUCAACUAGUGACUCCCUGGAAUUCGAGCGAACCGCAUUCUGUGAUCCUUUCCUCAUUGUUUAUUCGUCUGGGACAACCGGCCAGCCGAAAUGUAUUGCACAUUCGGUUGGAGGAGUACUCAUCAAUGCCUACAAGGAGGGGCAAUUGCAUAUGGAACUGGACGAGACCAGUGUGGUCUUGCAAUAUACUACAACUGGCUGGAUCAUGUAUCUGUCGGCCAUCCAAACCCUGUUGUUUGGAUCCCGGGUGAUCCUCUACGAUGGCAGUCCUUUUCUCCCGCACCUUUCAUCACUAAUUACGCUUGCGGAACAGCAAAGGGUCACACACUUCGGAACCUCUCCACGAUACAUGUACGAGCUCCAAAAGGCGAACAUCCAACCGAGAGAGAUCGCGGAUCUGAGCCCGUUGAAAAUGGUCACCAGCACUGGAAUGGUCCUCCCUGAGUCUCUCUUUGAGUGGUUCUACGACCAGGGCUUCCCGCCCCACGUGCGUCUCAACAAUAUUUCUGGGGGGACCGAUCUCGCCGGGUGCUUUGGCAUUGGCAAUUCGCUUCUUCCUCUCUAUGUGGGUGGUUGUGCCGGAAUGAGCCUCGGGAUCCCAGUUGAUGUCUAUGACCCUAGCGUCGAGGGUUCGGGUGUCAAGGGAGUCCCUGUAGAGGAAGGGGCUGCCGGUGAGCUUGUGGCGACCGCCGCGUUUCCCAACAUGCCGGCUUGCUUCUGGGGUGCGGACGGACACAAACGGUAUCACGGUGCCUACUUCGCGCGCUUCGACAAUGUCUGGACUCACGGCGAUUUUGUGUCUAUCCACCCGGUCACUAAGCAGCUAUUCUUCCACGGUCGGGCGGACGGUGUGCUGAACCCGUCGGGCGUUCGAUUCGGCUCCUCGGAGAUAUACCAGGUCAUUGAAGGUGAAUUUCCGACUGAGGUCGUGGACUCAAUCUGUGUCGGUCAGCGCAGACCGUCAGACACAGACGAGCGGGUGGUGUUGUUUUUGCUUCUGAAGCCGGGCGUCGUCUUUACCCAGGAAUUGGUUGGCAGAGUUAAGGCUGCGAUUCGUCAGAAGCUCAGUAGUCGUCAUGUCCCGACGUUCAUCUUCGAGACUCCUGAAAUUCCGACCACCGUCAAUGGGAAGAAGGUUGAGCUUCCCGUGAAGCAGAUCAUCUCCGGAAAGAGAAUCAAACCGUCUGGUACCCUGCUCAAUCCUCAGUGCCUGGACUAUUACUACCAAUUCGCUGAAGUUGAAAAGCUGGUGCCCCGGGAGACCGUCCUGAAUCUCCUCGAUACCGCAGUUAAAUGGCUGGUAUCGCAGGACAGAAUUGGGCAGUGGGGAGCAGCACCGUUUUCCGAGAAUCCAAAAAACCCCGAACGACUCAGAGAAUUUGCAACCACCGGCCAGGGUCUGUGGCUCGCGAUCAAGGUAGCUGAUAAUACGCCCGUGCUGGACCAAAAUCGACUCCCCGGUACAAACGCCCAAACCGUGAACGGAGACACUCCGGGUGUCGUCGUAGGAGCGCUUGCUAUUGGAGAGAAGAUGCCAUACGUGCCAUCGGUCUCGGAGCCUGAGCUUUACGUGCGACUGUUAGUCACAGAUCGACAGUGGGCGGGCAACGAGAUUGGCAAACGUCUUUUGGAACAUGCACGUCAUGUUGCCAACAGCGUUGGGGUCUCAUUACUACGGGUGGAUUGCUAUGCAGGUGGCGACGGCAAACUGGUCCAAUAUUAUGAAUCCCAGGGGUUUAAGCGAUCGGAGAGCUUGAACCUGGAAGGCGACUGGCCUUGCCAAGUGCUGGCCCAACGAUUAGAUGAGGUGGAAGGAGAAGAGAGACCUUGA